UUUUUACAACUUGUGGAACAGAAACACAAAGUAUAUUGUUUGUUUUAAAAUGUUGUUUUUUUAUAACAGUAUAAACGUAGAAGCUGAGGCAAAGCAGGAAUUGAAAAGACAUCGUAGGAAUCUUCGAUAUAAUACCGAUCCUCUUGCUUUAACGGAUACAGCAUUUGUUAACAACUUUAGGAUAUCGAAAUCUAUUUUCAUGGAUUUGCUUGAUGGUAUUGAUUCUUCGGUAGACUCUCGCAGAGCGCAUGGAAUAUCAAAAAAAGAGAAGUUGACGGCAUGUAUAAUAUUCUUCGCAUCUGGGAGAUAUCAGCAUGGCGUAGGAAAAGAUUUCCAUGUCGCAAUGGCUCCGACAACUUUUAGUAAAGUUUUGAGAGGAACUUUACGACCACUCCACUCAUUAGUUGGGGAUUGGAUAAAUUUGCGAAUGACUCAAUCAGAGAGACAGGAAGCUAAAGAAUAUUUCUUCUUGAAAAGCGGUAUUGAGAUCGUCGUGAUGUGCGUAGAUGGAACGCACGUUAAAAUUAAAAAACCGCAAGAACGUCCGCUUACUUUCCUGAAUAGGAAAUCAUUUUACAGCAUUAACACAUUGAUUGUGUGUGACCAUAAAACACGCAUACGAGCCGUUGAUGCACGAUUUGCUGGAUCACAUCACGAUGCGCAUAUAUGGCGAGUGAGCAUUGUGCGCAAAUAUUUCCAACGAUUGCACAGAAGCGGGCAAAGGGACAAGAUUUUGGGGGAUGCUGGGUAUCCAUCAGAACCGUGGCUAGUAAGACCGCACAGAGACCCAGACGAAGGAUCCGCCGAGGCAGAAUUUAACAAAAAACACUCUUCUGGUCGGAUGAUUGUAGAACAGACAAUAGGCGUUUGGAAAUCCCGGUUUCGAUGUCUCGCUGGGACAGACAGAUCACUAAACUACGAUCCUAAAACAAGUGGUCUAAUUAUUAACACAUGUUGUGCGUUGCAUAACAUCUGUAUUGAAAAUAAUAUAGAGUGGCAACAAAUUUUCACAGAUUUAUUAGAAGAUAUUUGACAUAAAUAAAUGCUA